AUGACAUUAUUUAUCUUCAAAAAGAGCUUGUGGAGAUUCUGAAGCUUGGCGGAUUCAACUUGCGGAAAUGGACUACAAAUUGCUGGCCUCUUUUACUCUCUUUACCACAGGAUCAACGUGAGAUGUCUCCAGUGGAGUUUGAAGAAUCUAGCGUAAUCAAAGUGCUUGGUCUUCGUUGGUGCCCUUCCAAGGAUUGCUUUUCUUAUAAAGUAUCUCUUUCUCAACCGACUUCCUGUACUAAACGGCGUAUACUCUCCGACGCGUCACGAGUAUUUGAUCCGUUAGGGUUCCUGGCUCCAGUUGUAGUCGCAAUCAAAAUAUUCUUCCAGGAUCUUUGGCGAGAAAAAGUAGGCUGGGACGACGAUGUUCCACAGGAACUUGAGAAACGAUGGACUACUAUCCGUGAUGAACUCCAUUUGGUGGAAUCGAUUUUAAUUCCAAGAGUUAUGUGGUCAAAUAGGACCAACAAGGAGCUGCAUGCAUUUUGCGAUGCAUCAUUGGACGCUUAUGCCGCUGUUGUUUACUGCCGCAGUGUAGACACAAAUGGGAACGUAACCGUUUCUAUUGUAGCAGCUAAAAGUAGGGUUGCUCCUAUUAAAGUUUUAUCUUUGCCUAAAUUAGAACUUUGUGGUGCUCUUUUACUAACUAAACUUGUUGAUAAAAUAAAGACUUCUUUACAGGAAGCAAACAUUCGAGUUUUUGCAUGGACUGAUUCAUCAAUAGUGCUUCACUGGCUAUCUACUGCUCCUAAGAAAUGGUCUGUCUUUGUUGCUAAUAGGACGUCUGAAAUUCAAUCAUCAAUACCAUUCAAGUCUUGGAACCACGUACGUUCGGUGCACAAUCCAGCUGAUGUCGCUUCAAGAGGUAUUCCACCAUCGCUUUUAUCAUCAACAGAUAUUUGGUGGCAAGGACCAUGCUGGUUAAAAAAGCAACCCACUGAAUGGCCAGUCUCGCAUUAUAAUGUAAACGAUAUUCCUUGCGACAUUUUGGAACAAAGAAAAAGUACAAAGGUUCAGGCACUUAUGCAAGGGUUUUGGAAGCGCUGGCACCAAGAGUACCUAACAUCUCUACAAAGUCGGCCAAAAUGGCAAAAGGCGCAAAGAAAUCUUGAAGUGAAUGAUGUGGUUUUAUUAAAGGAAGACAAUCUCCCUCCAUCUAAAUGGAUUCUUGGACGAGUGACCGAAAUUCAUCUUGGACAAGACAACAAAUGUCGAGUUGCAACCGUCAAGACAAUUAAUGGCAGCUAUGUUCGACCAGUGGUGAAACUUGCUCCCUUACCGCUUACUGAAAGACCAGAGUCUUCCAGGGGGGGGCAGAAUGUUCUGAAUUAAAAUUAACUUAAAUGAAAUUUUUUAUUUUUAUUAUUGAAUUGAAUUGUAUAACAAUAUUGUUUUAGUAUACCUUACCAAACUAUUGUUAAG